AAGGGAAAGGGAAGGGGGUGGGAGGGGGGAUAAAAAGCCGCCUCAGCAGCGCAACCCGCCGGAGAGGAAGGGACCAGAAGAGGAGGAGGAGGAGGAGGAGGAAGCAGAAGAGGGGCAAGGCGAGAUCCUCUGCCGGCAAGCGAAGCAACCCCCCUCCGCGAGGAGGAGGAGGAGGAAGAAGCGCCGCAUCGCCCCUCUGGGUUGGAGGAAGAGGAGGAGGAGGAGGAGGACCUCUUCUCCAUGGCGGGACCCGCGGAGCAGGACUGACGGGCGUUGAGCUCGCUCGCUCUGUCUCUCUCCAGCCCCCUCCUGCCGCGCCCGGGUUAUUGUUCUGCCUCGCCGCGCUUCUCUCCCCCUCUCUCUCCUUUUUUUAACCCCCAUCCUUCCCCUCCUCCUCCUCCUCUUCUUCUUCUUCCUCCUCCUCCUCCUCCUCCCCAACUUGAGAGAGAAAGAGGCUCCGGAUUCUUUGCAAGUUUGGAUUCUGCGAGGCGAAUGGCGGGGAGGAGAAGAGGAGGAGGAGGAGAAGGAGAGGGAAGCGGAGAAGAAGAAGAAGCAGCGGCAGCAGAAGAGCGGGAAUAAGAAUAUCCUCCAUCCAUCCUAUUUCUAUUUGGGAUUUUUCUUUUAAAAAAAGGGUGAAAAAAAGAAGAGGAGAAGGGGUGGGGCGGGGUUUGUUUUCUCUCUCCCCGGCGGGCGGGCGGGCGGGCGCGCUCCCGCGUGCGAGUGGGAGGCUGGCUCGGGAGCGCGCGUCUGGGGCGUGUGUAUGUAGCUAGCUAUAUAGCUCCUCCUGGCUUGUUUGUGUGCGUGCGUGCGCGAGAGAGAGGCUGAGGCUGCGGUGGUGACACCUCUUCUCCUGCUUCUCCUUCGGGUUUGUUUGGAGGGAGCGAGGGCGAGAGAGAGGGCGAGGCGUGAGUGCCCUUGUGUGUCUGUGUGUGCGUGUGUGUCUCCCUUCCCCCACCCCUUCCUCAACCAUCCCCAGCCUUCCGAGGCCGAGCCCGCUUCUCCACCGCCGCCUCCUCUCCCGUCCCCGCUCCGAGGCAGGCGCCGGAGGGGCGAUGCUGCUGGACGCGGGUCCGCAGUUCCCCUCGGCGCUGGGGGUGGGUUCCUUCUCCCGGCACCCCCCUCCGCCGCCCCCUCCGGCCCCGGGCGCCCCCUCCUCCUCUUCCUCCUCCUCCUCCUCGGCCUCCGAGAUGCAGGAGCGAGAGCUGAGCCUCCAGAACAGCUUCGUGGACGCCGCGGCGCACCUGGGCGCCUUCAAGCUCAACGUGGCGGCUGCGGCGGCGGCGGCGGCGGCCCACGACUUGUCCCCCGUGGGGCAGGGCUCGGCCUUCAGCUCGCAGGCGUCGCCUUACUCCCACGCCGCGCACGUGGGCUCCUACCCGGCUCCUCCGCCGCCCCCGCCGCCCUUCAACUCGCCCCGGGACUUCUUGUACCGGAGCCGCGGCUUUGGGGACUCGGGAGCCGGCGGCGGAGGGGCGCAGCACGGCCUCUUCGGGGCGGCCUCCUCCGGCGGGGGCCUGCACCACGCGCAGCACGGAGGCGAGCCCGCGCAGGGACACCUGCUCUUCCCGGGCCUGGCUGAGCAGCACGGCGUAAGCGGCGGGGCAGUGUCCGCCUCCGGGAACGUCCUCAACGGGCAGAUGCGGCUGGGCCUCGCCGGGGAGGUCUUCGGCCGGACGGAGCAGUACAGGCAGGUCUCAAGCCCACGCGCGGACCCCUACGCGGCGGCGGCGGCGGCGGCGGCAGCGGCGGCAGCGGCGGCGGCUCAACUCCACGGGCAGUACGCGCCCAUGAACAUGAACAUGGGCAUGAACAUGAACAUGAACAUGGCUGCGGCGGCGGCGCACCACCACCCGCACCCCCACCACGCCCACCACCACCACCACCACCCGCACCACCACCACCCGCACCACCACCACCACCCGGGCGCCUUCUUCCGCUACAUGCGCCAGCAGUGCAUCAAGCAGGAGCUGAUCUGCAAGUGGGUCGACCCCGAGCAGCUGGGCAGCCCCAAGAAGAGCUGCAACAAGACCUUCAGCACCAUGCACGAGCUGGUCACCCACGUCUCCGUGGAGCACGUCGGCGGGCCCGAGCAGAGCAACCACAUCUGCUUCUGGGAGGAGUGCCCCCGCGAGGGGAAGCCCUUCAAGGCCAAGUACAAGCUGGUCAACCACAUCCGCGUCCACACCGGGGAGAAGCCCUUCCCCUGCCCCUUCCCCGGAUGCGGAAAGGUCUUCGCCCGCUCCGAGAACCUCAAGAUCCACAAGAGGACGCACACAGGAGAGAAGCCCUUCCAGUGCGAGUUCGAGGGCUGCGACCGGCGCUUCGCCAACAGCAGCGACCGGAAAAAGCACAUGCACGUCCACACCUCGGACAAACCCUACCUGUGCAAGAUGUGCGACAAGUCCUACACACAUCCCAGUUCUCUGCGGAAACACAUGAAGGUCCACGAGGCUUCCCCGCAGGGCUCGGAGUCCUCCCCGGCGGCCAGCUCGGGCUACGAGUCCUCCACGCCGCCGGGCUUAGUCUCCCCCACCGCGGAGGCCCAAAGCAACGCCGGCGGAGGCGGCGGCGGCAACAGCAGCAGCAACUUGUCCCCGGCCACGGCGGCGGCCUCGCACCGGAGCAGCGGCUCGGGCGGAGGCGGGGGCGGCACGGCGAGCGGAGGCGGCGUCCCCCACAGCGGCCUCACCUCCAACUUCAACGAGUGGUACGUCUGAGGCGCCCUCUCUCUCCCUUUUGUGCGGAUCGGGACGCCGCGGACUGACUGAGGAGGGGAGGGCAGAAGGAAAGGAAGGAAGGAAGGAAGGAAGAGAGGGGGAAGCUCGCCUGGUCUUUCAAAGACAGAAAGAAAGAAAGAGCGGAUUAAAUGCGGGCCCAGAAAGGGGUCUUUCCCGCCUCGCCUCCGGCGCCUGAGGAACAAAAGACCCAGAGGGAUGGAGGCGCCUCCUUGGACCGGCUCCUCGCCCUCCCUCCCUCCUUCCCCUUCUCCCUCCAAGCUUUUCUGUGGACGCGGGGGGGGGGAGUAACCGACGCUUUCUCGGUGUAUAGAGAUGGCUUUGCCUUGGGAAAGCAUGCUUUGGGGUGUCCUCUUCCUCCUCCAUCGUCGCCCCCCCCUCCCCGUUGGCCUCCUUCCCUCUCGAUCUCUUUUUGAAACGGAUUCUUCACCCCAGAAGGGCCGACCUGCUCUCCAGCCUGCCUGCCUGCCUUCUCUAGUCCGUCUCUCCUUCGAACCAGUUCUUCUCCAUCCUCAAACCGCCCACCCGCUCUCCACUUUGCCCGUUUUCUCUCUUCAUCCUCUUCUUCCUCCUCCAACAACAACAUCAUCACUCUUGUGUUGUCACUGGGUUGCUGUGAGUUUUCCGGGCUGUAAGGCCAUGUGGAAUGCUUCUGGAACAUAGCCAUACAGCCCGGAAAACUCACAGCAACCCAAUCAACAUCCUUUUUGCCUCCUUCUCUUCUUCGAUUUCAAUUAUUUUCCAUCCCUAAACCGCUGACCGGCUCUGCACUUGGCCUACCUUCUCCCCUCGUCUUCCUUCAUCAUCAUUAUCAUCCUCUUUUCCGCAAUGGGUUAAGCCCUUGUGCCGGCCGAACUGCUGACCGAAAGGUCGGCAGUUCCAAUCCGGGGAGCGCAGGGUGAGCUCCUGUCCGUCAGCUCCAGCUCCCUAUUCGGGGACAUGAGAGAAGCCUCCCAAAGGAUGAUAAAACAUCAAACAUUCGGGCUGUUUUCUGGAUAACGUCCUUGCAGACGGCCAAUUCUCUCACACCAGAAGCGACUUGCAGUUUCUCAAGUCACUCCUGAUGAGAAAUAAUAAAAAAAAAACCCUCACAUCUAUGACAGGCAUCCUCAGAGGUGGUGAGGCUGUUGGAAACUAGUCAAGUAGGGUUUACAUAUUUGUGGGAGAAAGAACUCUUGUCUGUUUGAGGGAAGUGUGAAUGUUGCAGUUUGGCCACCUUGCUUAGCACUGAAUGGCCUUGCAGCUUCAAAGCCUGGCUGCUUCCUGCCUGGGUGAAUCCUUUGUUGGGACGUGAUUGGCUGGCCCUGAUUGUUUCUUGUCUGGAAUUCCCCUGUCUUGUUCUUUAUUUACUGUCCUGAUUUUAGAGUUUUUUAAAAUACUGGUAGCCAGAUUUUGUUCAUUUUCAUGGUUUUCAUCCUUUCUAUUAGAAAUUGUACCAGUAUAUAUUUUAAAAAACCCUUCUCAUACAGGGAGAGAAACAUCGCAGCCCCCCCCCCCCGCAACGUCCUUGCAGAGGACCAAUUCUCUCACACCAGAAGCGACUUGCAGUUUCUCAAGUCGCUGGUGACACACACAAAAAAUCUUCUUUGCCUUUUUCCAUUCUUGUCCGACUUGCCUGCCUUUCCCCCUGCAUUUUUCUCCUGCUCUCUCCUUUCUGUGAUCUUCCAUUCACCCCAUUUUUAAAUAAAUAAAUAAAUAAAUGAAAUAAAAAGGUGGGGGGAGGGAGGGGGAGGGAAGUAACGUGGAAUCAAAUGGGUUCUUUUGUAAUUGUGGUCUUGAAUAUUGUGUUUCCUUAUUUUUAAUUUAAUUUUUUCUUCUUAAAAAAAGGGGCAACUUUUGAUUGUAAAGGUAUAUUUCAGCUCUAGACUGGAAAGAUUUUUAAAACGAAAAGGAAAAACAAAAAAACUCCCCCAACCCAACCCAACCCAACCCAACACACGUGCCAAAGUCUCUCUCCAUGCUCUUCUUUCUGCAGAACCACCCAGACCCUUCCCUGACCCUCCUCUUCCUUCCAAGGCUUGUGAAUGUAUUUUCUUCUGUUAGCUGGGUUUACAUGUGAUGUUUUAGUGCUCUUUGCCAGUCCGGUUUGUUAGCUCCUGUCUGGAAGUUUGUCGGGAGAGGGGGAGGGGGGCGUUUUUAAAUAUAGUGCCAUUAGGGUUUCCCCAUCCAAAAAAAGCGACCUUCCUUGUGUAAAUACCUGUUGCCAUAUUUAUCCAUUUGUAAUUAAAUUAUGGUAUUAACUUGCUACAGAUGAAACAGUAUUUAUAAAGAAUGUUUCUUAACUAUAAAUAUGUACAAUUGUGAGCAUAAACUGUUUCGGGAUUUUUUUUAUUUGAAGGUUUAUGUGGUUUCAUUUUUUGUGAUAUGUUUUCUUUUGAGAGUAAUGCAUACAGAAAUAUAAUAAAAUGUGUUGGAAACUACA